AGUGGACUGGGAGCUGAGCCGGCUGCAGCGCCAGUGCAAAGUGAUGGAGGCCGAACGACGGGCCUACAGCAAGGAGGUCCACCAGCGCAUCGGCAAACAGCUGAUGGAGAUCCAGAAGCUGCAGGGUUUGCGGGACGAGCUCCAGGUGCAGAUCCGCGUGGCGGAGAACCAGGGGAAGCGUCUGCAGGACCGCCAGAAGCUGGAGCACAUGGGCCAGCUGCUCAGUAGCCGGGCGCAGGUGCAGGCCAAGGUGGAUGAGCUGCUGGAGCAGAUCAGGGGCCUAGACAAGGAGAUCCAACAGUGGGAGGCCCGGCUUAUUGCCCAAGGCAAGAAGUGCAAGUCUCGGGGCCUCCAGAAUCAGAAAACCAAAGUGUGUCGGAGAGUCAAGAUUUUGGAAGACCAGCUGGACAGGGUCACCUGUAACUUUGACACAUGCCUCGUGAGGAACACGGCCCUGCGGGAGGAGCUGGACCUUCUGCGGAUCCAGAGGAACCGCUACCUCAGUGUGGACCGCAAGCUGCGGAAGGAGAUCCAGCGGCUGCAGCACCUGGUCAGCUCCCUCAUGGUCUCCUCCACCUCGGCCUACUCGGUCAGGGAGGAGGCCAAGAGCAAGAUGGGGCUGCUGCGGGAGCGCGCCGAGCGGGAGGAGGUGCAGAGCGAGGCCGAGGUGCAGGUGCUGCAGCGCCAGAUCGCGCACCUCGAGCAGCUGCACCGCUUCCUCAAGCUCAAGAACGACGAGCGCCAGCCCGACCCCGCCGUCCUGGCCCGCCGCAGCCAGCGCGCCCAGGAGGUGGCCUCGGGGCUCCGGAAGACGUCGCAGGAGCAGCUGGUGCUGCGCUAUGAGGACGCGCUCCACAAGCUGUCGCAGCUCACGGGGCUGAAGGACCCCGACCUGCUGGUGGACAAGUACCUGGAGAUGGAGGAGCGAAACUUCGCUGAGUUCAACUUCAUCAACGAGCAGAACUCCAAUGUGGAGCACCUGCAGGAGGAAAUCAAGGAGAUCCAGGAGGAGCUGGUGAAGGCGCACAGGAGUGAGGACACCCGGCAUUCCACCGAGCAGCGGCAGCACAUGGACUCCCUGCAGCGCGAGGAAGAAAUUCGCUCUGAGGCGGACAUGCUGGAGGCCCAUUUCCAGAAAAUGAAUGCGCAGCUGGAGAAGCUCAGGGCUGGCAUCCAGAACCUCUUCACCAAGGCGCAGUGCGACAGCAGCUCCAUCCAGGACCUCCUGGGUGUGCGGGACCGUGAUAUCGGCCUCUUCCUGGGCCUCAUCGAGAAACGCCUGGUGGAGCUCCUCAUGGUCCAGGCCUUCCUCGACAUGCAGACCUUCACCUCCAGCAACUUAAACAGCGCGGCGCUCAUGGUGCUGGGCCAGAGCCCAGAGGACAUUCCCAAGAGGUCGAUCCUGCCGCAUCCCCCCAGCAACCUGGAUGACCCCCCAGGGUUCGAGGCCAAGGACGAGUACCCCAUGAACCGAGAUGAGGUGCUGAGCCAAGUGACCAAGAUGGUGAAGCUGGAGAUAGAGGCACAGCAGCAGGAGAUGGCCGAAGGCCUGAAGAUCGAGGACAGUGCCACAAACCUCAGCAGUGGCCGCUUGAUGUCCCGGAGUCCAGGCUCUAUCAUGGGUCCACGGACCAGCAUUGUGGGGGCCACAGGCAGCCGCCCCACCAGCUCUACCGUGGGUCACGUCACCUUCGGGGACCUCAGCUCCAGCGUGGGCCCCAUGACCCUCAGCUCCUCCAGUCACCGGGACUCGCAGGGGGGCCACGUGAGCUUCAAGUCCCCCAGCUUCAGCAGCAGCAUGGGCUACUCGGGCUACUUGGGGAUCAGCCGCGGCCAGGACAGCCUGAUGCCAGGACAGCAGAAGAGAAGCAGGUCGGAGUCGAGUGCGGGCUUCGGGCCUGGCAGAAACCGCUUGGCCAGCCUGGCUUCCAGCAGUGUCCCCAGCUCCACCCCCAGCAAGGACUCAGAGAGCACCUAAGCGCCCCCCAUCCCGCGCCCCACAACAGUGGCCCCAUUUCCCACCACCUUGAGAGCUGCACCUCCCUUUGUCCUCCAGCUUGGUGCCCAGUCCCACUGCCCCUCAGGCUUCCAGGCUCUGCCCACACCUUCCACACCCUGUCUCCUCAAUUCCCACUACUCCCCAGAGUCAGACCCCUACCCAUUACCGUGCACGAAGGGAGAGCCCCAGGCCUGAAUGUCAGGCCCAGUGUGAGUGAUGCAGCAAAUAAAGGUCAGAACUGUCA